AUGCCCAACAGCGCUCGCUGCCUCGCGCUCUCCUCAUCCCUUUCCUCGUCCAACACCCACUUCCCCGCGGCCAAGAUGGCCUUUCUCCCCCCCAACAUGGCCAACGUCCUCCUCCUCCUGCUCGGCGUGUUUCUACUCGUAGCGCCUUCUCUGGCAGUCGUCGUGAGCGAAGGCUCUCCCUGCCUGGUGACCUGCGGUGGCACCGCGAAGACCGAAAACCGAGACUUGAUCUGCAAGGAUGCCGACUACAACACGACGGCCGAGGGCAUCAAGAUGAAGAACUGUCUGCUGUGCGAAAGUACCAGUACAACCUACCGGACGCCGUACGACAGCGAUAUCUACUGGUUUAUCUUCAACCAGAAAUACACACUGCAGGUCUGCGUCUUUGAAGCCUCGACCUCCGCCGCCUUGUCCCCCUGUGAAACACAGUGUCUGCCUCUGAAGCCCGUCUUCAAGACCCUGUGGUGGGGCAACCACGUCUCCCUGUACGACUACUGCACGCAGAACAACAAUGCCUUCCUCACGUACGCCGCCGACUGCGCCGCCUGCCUGCGCGGGAAAGCGGGUACGGUGUCGAUGGGGAACUUCAUGGAUAAUAUGAGUUCGGCGUGCAAGAACCAGCCGAAUGCGACCAAGGGCGAGACGGUCGAUCUGCCGCGGCCGAUCUUUGACCUGAGUGUUGCCUCAACGUCCACGUCGUCGUCCACGACAGCGACAAAAUCAACCACAGAUGCCGUUCCAACCACAGGCACCACUGCAGCAGCAACGCCCACCGCGCCUUCGAGCGCCUCACUCUCUACCGGCGCAUCAGCGGGCAUUGGCGUCGGCGCCGGAGUCGGGGUCAUCCUCGCAGGGGCGCUGAUCUGGCUUCUGAUGCGAAGACGCAGGCGAGCGCAGGCGCACCAGCCGGUGGAGCUGCACGAGACGCAGCAGAUGUACUGGGAACCGGCGUCUCCUCCGCCUCCAGCCCCCAUGACUUCGCGAGAACGGUCCAGAGGCCCUGUGGAGGCGCCGGGGGCAGAGAUGAAGGGAGCAGGGGUGGUGGAGUUACCGUCGCAUUGA